AAGGUUGUUUGAGCGAUCUCAUGGCACUGGGACUGUCACGUAACUCAGGGUUCUCAAGGGCGGCAUGCCGGAGUAUAGCCCACUUUAGUUGUGUCGUUAGACAUUAAACGUCUGGGUUGUCCAUGCGCAACCACCUGGGUUACUGAAGAACAGCCUGGCCAAUAGGCACUGCCGAACAGACUGCCACACUGGGAAUAGAGUUCAGCAUCCUCUACCACACGUGCGACGACGUCCGCCGGCUGUCGUCUCUCCGGCGCCUACCCGUCCCUGCAACCUGCUCUUAAUGCCAGCAUCAUCUCGUUCUAUCAUAACCGUCCGAUCCUCUGUUUAGUCCCCACCCUACGUGGUAAUUCACAAUAUGGCCUCGAAGGCUCAGAUUCAAGAACUAAUUACUCUCGGCAAUAUAAUCUUUGCCACGUCCAUCUCGCUUGUCAUCUCAGCAUGGCUGGCUGUAGGGCUCCGACUAUGGGUUCGAUUUCGCAUCACAAAGUCCCCAGGCUGGGACGAUGUGGCUAUGGUCGCUACUUUGCUUCUAUUCACUACAUAUUGCGCCUUCAUCUUGACGAUUAUCAUGCGAAGUAGCCAAGGCAUGCUCUUUACCGCAGAAGCUCGCUACCGAAGCCUAGUCUUUGUUCAAUUGAGUGAGGUCUUUUACAUACUUACGACUACACUACUGAAGAUCUCUCUGGGACUCUUCUUCCUCCGUGUCCUCACCAAGCGCUGGCAGACCGUCAUUUUCCACACCAUUCUCGGAGUCAGUGCGACGUAUGGCCUAUUUUAUACCUUCAUUACUAUCUUCGUGUGCGGAGAUCCUCUCAAAUUGGCGGAUAGCCUUGCCGGUUCCGAGAAAUGCCUUCCAUCCGCUUUGAUCCUGGCCACUGGCUAUAUUUACGGUGUUAUCAAUGUUAUAGCGGACUGGACGUUCGUUCUCAUCCCCAUCGCCAUCCUUCUUGACAGUGAUAUCGAUCGCCGAUCUAAGAUCAGCGUCAGUAUCGUCAUGGGCCUAGGCGCUAUUGGAAGUGUAUCGAGCAUCCUUCGUAUGGUGUAUCUCAAAGGCCUUCUAUUCACACGUAGUCCUGUUCUUCACCCCAAUGCAGUCAAAGCCACGAUUUGGGCUACCGCCGAACCUGGGACUGGCAUCAUCGCUGCUUCCAUCGCCGUGUUACGCCCACUCAUUCGCAAGAUUGCUUCAGACACACAGGAACGUGUGUCUUCAUACAAGGACCGCAAAGCUUCUUUCCCAGGGUCAUCUCACACAUCGAAGUCGUCCAGACCAAGGGACUCUGACACCGACAGCGUCAUCGCACUGACGACCGUUACGACAAACAAGAGCUAUGUCAACGGUAACGAUAACGGUGAAAUGAGAACAAGCAAGGAUGAUAAGUGGGGCAGGGAGAAUGUAUAUGAUGGUCGGAGGGGUGAAGAUCCUUGGAGCCCGACGGUGACAAUGGGCCAGGCGAGCGUACAGAAGGUGAUCAACGUGCAGAUGGUCAACGGGAGAGGGAGUCCCAUGCCGCAGCCUCAGGGAAGGCGGUACAUCUAGGCGUUCGAGGCGACUCGAAUGUAGGGACGAGGCUGCGUAUAAUGAACAUAUAAUGUCUGUUGCGGAGGGCGUUUUGGUAUAUACCCCGGUUAUGUAGGCUGGCACUCAUUUGCCUACUUAGAAGAUAUGUUAAUGUUUACGAUCUGCGACUGUUCCAUCCAGCAUCUGUGCGUCGGGAAGACAACGGCCGGAAGUUGUGGUCUGAGAUUGCUACGUGCACGUCUGGCGGAGGCGAGUGCAGGAUCCGAAGUUGUGGGGCUUCUUCAGGGACCCGGAACGACUGG